ACAUCCUCCUUCAUUCUUUAAGAACACAUGGUCCGAAGUUCAAACAUUCAUGGUUAAGCCUAUCUAGUAUGAUCGGCUCACUAACAUCGCCAAUGCGGUAAAAUGCUACGGAAUGGCAUGAGAUUGUAAAAGUUUGAUAAGACUGUGAGACGAAGAUGGCAUCAAUAACCGAUAGCUUAAAUGCUGCCUUUCAGCAUCAGCAACAGAGACACAAACUCGCAGGGCCAGCCGAUUAUCCUAGAUGGAAUGCCGAAUUAAUCGAAGCUCUGCGAGCGAGGGACUUGCUCCCGUAUGUCAUGACAAACGUACUCGAGCCUUCGGGUGAUGAGAAUUCCCCGGCUCGCCUCCGUUGGCGGAAGAAUCGUCUCACUGUCCUGCUUAUGAUGAAGCGCUCGCUAUCGACUGAAAUGAAGACUCAAUUAGCCCACGCUGGGUGGGACCCCGGACACAACAGAGACCCGAGAAAGAUGUACGAUAUGAUUCGCAAGAUCGCUCAGGAAGACGAGGAAAAAGAAAAUAGCGUAUCGUCUCAAUCUCUAUCGCCUUUAGGAUCUAUUUCUACCAUGGAUGAUCUUGAGAAAGAAAUCGAAUUAAUUGAGUAUGAAGAUGGUGAGGAAGAUUGGACCUCAGUUGAUGUACCCUCUAAGACAUUCCCGACUGAGUCGAUCCAAGAUCGCAUUGUGCGUGUAACGAAUGAUCUACGGGACUUAACAGCUUACUAUGACAUCGACGGCUCGGCAUCGCGGAAUGGAAGGCUCGAGGUAUUCUUUCGGGAUGAACUAGCGGAUCUUGAGAGACAAGCGUUCGAUUCGUAUUCAUCGCAGGACGAUAGAGUCGAUCACUUGCUACUGCGUAACUAUAUGCGACGUGCACGGCGCACCCUUGAGCUCGACAAGGCUCGGGAUGCCAAAUUUACCGCAUUUGUCGAACCAUUUGCCACCCCCAUUACGGCUUGGUGUGAGCAACGUCGGCGCAUCGAGUCAAUUAGUCCCAAGGAAUUCGCCAAUAGCCUUAACGAGACAGAGAAGCUCAUUUUGCAGGCGCGAGACCAUGUCAGCCAUAACUCUAACAAAUAUUCAAAAGCUACCGGCUAUCGCGCUUCUCGUAGAGUAGCCGAGCUACGCAACAAGCUGGCGGAAACGUACGCCUUCUACAAGGACUACGAUCCACAGUUCGAUUGGUGGGUAACCGAACCCUAUAAACGAUUGGAUAUCGCUCUUGGGAAAACGGUCGAAUUUCUCCGCGAAGUUCUAGUAGGUGUUAAACCCGGCGACGAAGAAACCAUCGUCGGCGAGCCUAUCGGCCGGGACGGUCUUCUCACAGAUCUCGAGGCCGAAAUGAUACCAUACUCACCCGAAGAACUGCUGCGGAUCGCCGAGAAGGAGUACACAUGGUGCGAGGCCGAAAUGAUCAAAGCAUCGCACCAACUCGGCUUCAGCAACAACUGGCGCGCAGCCCUCGAGCACGCGAAGAACCUGUACGAGCCACCCGGCGCCUACCCAGCCUUCAUCCGAUCUCUCGUCAACGAAGGCGCCGCCUACGUCAAAAAGUACGACCUCGUAAGCGUGCCGCGCGUAGCCGAGGAAGCCAUCCGCAUGACCAUGAUCUCAGCGGAAGAGCAGAAGGUCUCCCCCUUCUUCCUCGGCGGCACCUGGAUGCAGAUGUCGUACCCGACACGCACCAUGCCCCACGAGUCCAAGCUCAUGUCCCUGCGCGGCAACAACCGCCCCUUCGCCCGCGCCACUGCCUUCCACGAGAUGAUCCCCGGCCACCACCUCCAAGUCUUCAUCGGUGAGCGCCAUCGCCACUACCGCCGUCCUCUGUUCGACACCCCGUUCUACGUCGAGGGCUGGGCACUCUACUGGGAGAUGCUGCUUUGGGACCGCGGCGACUUUUUCGUCUCGCCCGAGGAUAAAGUAGGCUCGCUGUUCUGGCGCAUGCAUCGCUGCGCGAGGAUCUUGUUCUCGGUCAAGUUUCACUUGGGACAGUUGGACGCGGUGCAGUGUGUUGAUUUGCUGGUUCAGAAGGUGGGGCAUGAGAGGGCUACGGCGGAGGGCGAGGUGAGACGGAGCUUGGGUGGUGAGUAUUCGCCUCUGUACCAGGCUGGCUAUAUGCUAGGUGCGCUGCAGUUGAUGGGCUUGCGGAAGGAGGCGGUUGGGAAGGGGUAUGGGAAGAUUCGGGAGAAGGAGUUCCAUGAUCGGGUUUUGAGGGCAAAUGUUAUGCCGAUUGAGAUGUUGAGGGCGCUGGUUUUGGAUAAGGAACUCAACAAGGAUUUUAAGUCUGAGUGGAGGUUUUAUGAUGAUAAGUUAUGAUGGGAUGGUGGGAUAGGAUAUGAUGUGAGGCUCGUGUAUACAUAGAUGCGGCGUGCUAUUUCUUUCUCGGGUUUUGCGGGUUAUGGGUUGGUUAUGAGUACUGAAUUGAAUAAAUAUUGCGGUAAACUUCUCCAAGGUGUAAAAAUAGGUAGGUAUAUGCGAGAGUUUAUGGUUUUGUUAAGUCAACCGUUACUAUGUAUCACUAGAAGAACAUCCUCCUGUAUAAAUGUCAACGAAAUCAAGAUUGCAUCCGGAACACCCCCUCCCCAAGUGGGUGAUGAACACGAC